AUGACGGAGAAGAUAACAGAGAAGCUUCUACUGGAGAAAGGUUCUCCAAAAACCAAGAGGCUCGAGGACAUCAAGACAUUAAAGCUUUCCAAACUAGGGUUGAAGUGUUCAGACUUGCCUGUCAAACUCCUCUCCCGUCUUCAGUCCCUGGAGCGCUGCGAUUUGUCUGGGAACCGAUUGCAAGAAUUCCCCAAAAACUUGGAGCUGCCCAAGUUGCGCUUCUUGGACCUUAGUGACAACCAGAUGGAGGAUGUCACCUCAAUGGCAUCCCUGUGCAGCCUGGAGGAGGUCAUGAUGGAGGACAACCUUUAUAUCACUGUGAGUGACAAUUACAAGCUAAUGACGCUGCUGCCCAAUUUGCGAAGUUACAAUGGUAAAGACAUCACCAGCACCGCCAACCACGUACGCUUCGUGUUCACGGAAAACCUCAGGACGCGGAUUGUUGCCUUGUGGGAGAAAAGCUACAGCCUGCCGGUUCCCGUAACAUCAAACAAAAUGGCCGUCCUGGAGGAGGACUUUGUUAAUGCAGUGCGGAAGCAAGUGAAAUAUGGACCAAAUUCAGUUAGCGACUUCACUAAAUGGAAGAUUGAUACCAUGGCCAGGGAGUAUCUGCGCUUGUUGACGGCACCAAAGGAGGUCUCGCCAAACAAAGUAAAUGAGGUCUCGACCACCAUUAAAAGGAAGGAAACUCCACUGUCGACGUACAGCGACGUACGGCUGAUUCCUCGUAAAAAGUCGCGAUCUGAUCCUGAAGAUGCCGUGAUUCCUGCCACGAGGCGUCAGUGUUCCUUGGUGCCCAGACGCGUACCUGCGAAGAAAGAGGCUGUCAGCGGGUGUUUGACAACGCCAGUCAAUAGAGUUAAGAGCGGACCGAAGAAUGAGUCAAAUGAUGAUUUGAUAAAGAGCAUCAACAAGACGCAGCCAGUGCGUCUGCAGCCCCUUCACGUCCUGCAGUGUCACAGCAAGCAGGACAACUCGGAAGACUUCUCCACUCAGCUUUGGGCCUGUGCCUUCCAGCCUCAGCAGGACUCCUCCGGAAGUCGCAUAGUUGCGACAUGCGGUGGAGAUUCUUUGUGCCUUAUCGACUGUGAGACUGGCAUGGUGAUGAAGAAGUAUAAAGUCACUGGAGAGGAAUUUUUCUCACUGGCCUGGUCAACGGUCCUGAUGUCCCGAGGGGGGGGAGCUUCGGCGCAGCCUUGCAACAUUCUUGCGGCGGGCGGAAAGCGAGGCUUGGUCAAGCUGAUCCACCCCCGGUGCAACGUGGCGUAUGGCGAGUUCCGUGUUAGCCGCAGGGCCUUGUCCAUCCUUCGCUUCAACCACCGCCAAGGCAACUUCCUAUUUACGGGCUCUUACGACAACAAGAUUGUGUUAUGGGACAUCGGCGGAAUUGACAGCACGUACAACUUUAAAGUUGUGCAACUAUUAACACUGGAAAGCAGCUCUACCCCGCUGCACAUCUGCCUGCCACCCACCAAGCCCGAUGCACAGCUCCUGGCAGCAUGCGAGGACGGUCUACACUGGUACAACACGCAACUUGCGCCCAAGGGCGGUACCAAGAGGUCUAUCGAAGCAGAAGUAACCUUCCCUGUUUACAAGAACGAAGACAAAGAUCUCAACUACCACACCGUGGACGGUCUCGCGUUCCUCACUGAUGAUAUCGUGGCCUCCAAGAACUUUUCGUACAGCUGCAUCUAUCUGUGGAGCUGGAGUCAAACGCGAUCGCAACGGCGUGACAAGAACGGGCAUGUGCGCGCAGCCGUACUGGCCGAGCUGCGCUGGGCAAACACGGAGAUUCCUUACUUGGCGCUCAGCACCUGUCCCGGCCGAUCUUACAUCGUGUGUGGUGACAACGAAGGCAAAUUGUGGACGUAUCACAUCACUAAACUCCAGACGGACAAUUUCCAGACCGGAAAGCCCAUUGAGCCCACGGAGGUGCUCCAGUGGCCUGCCCCUGUCCGGCAGGGCCUUGGCCCGCUGGAAGGUCCAUCCAUCAACAGUGUGGCCAUAGACCCCGAAUUCCAGUACCUGGUGGCCCUCAGCGACAAGAACAUGGUGAUGGUGUGGAAGAGGACGCCCUGA